AUGAAGCUUUUCGGCAUGAACGGCUCGCAAGAGCCUACCCUCGAAGAGAUCCACGAACAGCAGGGUCGUCGCCCUUCGACUGUCGAGGUUGUCGCUGAGCAAGCUCGACGAAAGAGCGUUGACAACCGUGUUGUCACUGGUGCUUCGCAGCUCACUACACGCCAAUCCAUCAUUCCCGUUGCGCUUGUCACCACCCUCUUCUUCAUGUGGGGAUUCGCUUACGGUCUUCUCGAUGUCCUCAAUUCCCGCUUCCAGGUCGCUCUCCACAUCACCCAGGGUGAAUCGUCUGGUCUGCAAGCCGCCUACUUCGGUGCCUACUUCGUCGGCCCUCUGACAUACUCGGGAUGGUUCCUCCGUCGUUUCGGUUACCGCUACACCUUCAUCCUCGGUUUGUCAAUCUACUGCGUGGGUGCGCUUAUGUUCUGGCCCGCAGCUGUCAAGCGAAGCUUCGGUGGCUUCUGUGGUGCCAUGUUCCUUGCUGGAUCCGGUCUGUCGACUCUUGAAGUCUCUGCCAACCCAUAUAUUGCCGUCUGCGGUCCUCCCAAGUGGUCUGAAUUCCGUCUUGAGCUUUCUCAGUCCGUUCAGGCCGUUGGCUCUGUUGUAGCUCCUGUCCUUGCUGCUCAGGUCAUCUUCAAGAACGUUGGUGAAGAUGGUCGUUCCCUCGAGGCCGUUCAGUGGGUCUACCUUGGCAUCGCUGGUUUCGUCGGCAUUCUAGCAAUAGUGUUUUAUUUUGCCCCUAUCCCUGAGAUUACCGACUCCGACAUGGCCGACCAGGCUGAGAUGACCACUGCUGCCACUGGCUACGUCGACAAGCCUCUCCGCAAGCAGUACACCCUUUUCUGGGGAACUUUCGCCCAGUUCUCCUACGUCGGUGCUCAAGUCGGUGUUGCCGCCUACUUCAUCAACUACUUCACCCAGGCGCGCCCCGAUCUUAGCAUCACUGAUGCUCACGUCAAGGGUGCCAACUUCUACGCCAUCGCCCAGGGUCUCUUCGCUGCUGGACGUUUCGCUGCUGCUGGAUUAAUGUACUUCGGCGGCAAGCCCCGUAUCGUCCUCAUGAUCUUCCAGACUAUGAUCAUGAUCUUCAUCGCUGCUGCUAUCGGCGUCAACACUGGUGGUGCCGACCGUCCUAACUGGGGAGGUCUUUCCAUGUUGAUGAUCGUCCUGUUCUUCGAGUCCUGCAUUUUCCCCAUCAUAUUUGCUCUCGUAAGUUUUUUCGAGCUACAAGCCAUCACUAACAUCCUCCAGACUCUUCGUGGUCUUGGACGUCACACCAAGCGUGGUGCCUCCUUCCUCGUCUCCUCCGUCUGCGGUGGAGCUGUCAUUCCCGUCAUUCUCGGCAACGUUGCCGACCGCAUCGGCACCAGGCACGCCAUGUGCAUUCCCCUCAUCUUCUUUGCCUUCGCCUGGUCCUACCCAAUCUACCUCAACUUCACGCACAAGGCCGCCGAGCUCGAUGCCUACUCCGAGUCCCACGUCGGUACUGAGAACGUCAUCGACAACGAUUCUAUCCUUGCGAGCAAGGACAUCGAGGCUAUGCACCGCGAGAAGUACUAA